UAAUUGUUUAAAGGGCCCACAAAAUGGGCAAUUUGUGAACCUUACAUUGAUUUUCGAGAGUAUAAGUACUAUUAACUUAUUAAGUCAUAGAAGACAUACAUUGCCAUUAAUUUGAUCUUCAAAUAAGAAAGAAAUAGAAAUAGAAAAUGGGAGAGAAGAAGGAAAGUGGAGAAGCAGUGAAAAGAAUAUCAAGAUGGGUAAGAAGCAGAUCCGUCAGAGAAUUAAUAUCCAUGGGUCUCAUUUCUGGUAUCUUCUUACUUUUUCUCCUCAGGCUUUUCUGGAAAAAUCAGACAUACCUUUUUAUGGCUACUCAGAUUGCUCAUUCUUCUGCUCUUCUCCUCUUAAUUUAUAAGCUCACCAUUACCAAAACUUGUUCUGGUCUAUCAUUGAAAACUCAAGAGCUUACAGCAAUAUUUAUAUUGAUUAGAAUGUUAGUUUCUUUUGGAUUCUUACGCGAUAUGCAUGUCUUACUCGAUUCUCUAACUCUUGGAGCUACUCUUUGGGUCAUCUAUAUGAUACGUUUUAAGCUAAAGAACACCUACAUGAAGGAGCAUGACAACUUGCCUUUGUACUAUGUGUUGGUUCCUUGCGCCAUCGUUUCAAUAAUCGGUCAUCCUGGAUUCAAUGCUGGCAUUAUCUUGGGGUUUUGUUUUGUGUUUUACAUCACAAUUGAAGCCGUUUCGGUUCUUCCCCAGCUCCAUCUAAUACAGAAUGCUAAGAUUGUUGAACCUUUCACCGCACACUAUGUAUUUGCUUUGGGUGUUGCAAGAUUUUUCUCAUUUGCAAAUUGGAUGAAUUUGCUUAUCGACAGUGGUGGAUCGCUGCUGACCCAAAUAGGACAGGGUCAUCUUUAUAUAGCUGUAGCUCUUCUUGCAGAACUUGUUCAAACUUUCAUCCUCGCGGACUUCUGUUACUACUAUGUUAAGAGUGUAAUUGCAGGACAAAAUAUGAUGAGGCUACCCCCAAAUGUGGUCUGAAGUUGGGACUUUGUUUAGUUGGGGCAGCUACAGCAAUAAACAAUUUGAAACUUACCAUCUUGUUCAUGUAAAUUACUGUUACCUCAGCAUAGCCUUUAAUCUUUUUAUUGUUUUUUUUAUUAUGUACGUACAACUUUAUUACUCGUCCACCUUCUUCCUUAAUAAAUUUUAGUGUCCCUAAGUCCUUCUUCUGCCUA